AUGAAUACCAACAUGAUCUUCUCCAUCAAAGAUUCUACUGGGACAGAACAGGACCAACCAGAAACUGUGGCUCAAGCUUUCAUUGAGUUUUACACAAAGCUAUUAGGGACAACAAAUAGGGAGAGGUCACAUGUAUGUAGUGCACUAAUAAGGAAAGGGGAAAUCAUUGAUGAAGAUCAUAAACAGAAAAUGGUAAAGACAGUCACAAAAGAAGAAAUCAAAAAAGUAUUAUGGAGCAUACCAGAGGAGAAAUCACCAGGGAUUGAUGGAUAUGGUAUCCAAUUCUUCAAAGAUGCAUGGGACAUAGUUGGAAAAGAUGUAGAGGAAUGUGUAACUGAAUUCUUCAAAUCUAGUAAGAUGCUGAAAGCACUUAACAAAAUUGUCAUCACUUUGAUUCCAAAAGGGACACAUGUUGAAUCGACAGCUUAUGACAAUGUGGAGUGGGAGUUUGUCAAGGAAAUGAUGAUGGCACUGAACUACCAUACAACUUUCAUUCAAUGGGUUAUGGAGUGCAUCACUACUACAAGCUAUUCAUUAGCAAUAAAUGAGGGCUUAUGUGAGAACAUUGAAGGGAAAAGAGGAUUGAGACAAGGGGAUCCAAUAUCACCACUGAUAUUUGUGAUCUGUAUCGAAUAUCUCUUAAGAAUAAUGGAGAUGGUUAGACAGCAAAAGGGGAUUGCAUAUCAUCCAAAAUAUAAAAGCUUAGGGUCGAAUCAUUUAUGCUUUGUAGAUGAUGUACUUCUAUUCUGCAAAGGGGAAUCACAAGCAAUAAUGUUGUUAAUCAGAGAUCUGGCAUCUUUCUCUCAAACAUCAGGGCUGACAACAAACAGUCCAAAGUCCAACAUUUUCAGUGCCAAUAUGAGUAGGCAACAGAUAUUUGAGAUAUGUUUCAAGGAGGAAGGAUGGUUGAUUCCAAAUGGGAAAUACACUAUGGCAAAUGAUUAUAAAUGGAGAAUGGGGGAUGAAGAAUACUGGCAGGACAUCAGAUGGGUGUGGAACUUAGGAAACACACCAAAACAUAACUACAUAUGUUGGUUGACAUCACAUAGAAAAUUGUUGACCAUGGAUAGAAUGAAGAAGAUAGGGAUAAUUGUUGACACUACAUGUAAAGUAUGUGGUGAGAAGGAAGAAACAAGGGAACACUUGUUCUUUGAAUGUACAUGGUCUAAAAGAUGUGCCAAGGAACUACUAAACUGGAUGGGAAUGCAGGGAAUUGGUGAGUCAAUUGAAACAGUGUGGAAAACAUUAAACAGGACAGCAAAAGGGAAGCAAUGCAGAGCUUUCGUACUCUCAGUAUUUGCUGCACUGAUAUAUGCGACAUGGAAGAACAUGAAUGAUGUAGUAUGGAAUCAGGUGGUGACAAAAGAACAAGUAAUAUGCAAAAACAUAAAUGAGGAAUGCAGAUACAAGAUACAUAACAAAGGAAAAACAAGCAAGCGACAAAUGGAAUGA